AUGGACGAGAAGAAGAUUAGGGAGACGGUAAAGAGAAAGCUUAAAUCGCGUCAUAUGCAAUUCUAUGCUAUUGGCGGUACCAUUGGCACGGGUCUCUUCGUGGGUAUUGGUGGUGGCCUCGCCCAGGCGGGUCCCCUGUCUCUCUUGUUGGGUUACUCAAUUACUAGUGUCUUUAUAUUCUCUAUGAUGCGAUGUCUGGGAGAGAUGACAACUUGGAUACCACUUCCUGGUGCUACACCAAGAUUCUGCUCUCGCUUUGUUGACGAGGCAUUGGGAUUUGCAGUUGGUUGGAACCAGUGGUACAACUGUGCAAUUACUGUAUGCGCAGAGAUAUCGGCCGCAGCUGCGGUUAUCCAAUUUUGGAAUGACACCAUUUCGCCCGCUGUAUGGAUCUCCAUCAUCCUCGUUCUAAUCUUCAUAUUCAACCUCAUCGAUGUGGGAGUAUUCGGAGAAGUCGAAUUCGUAUUCUCCUGCAUUAAGAUUGUGGCUUUGGUUGGCCUUCUCAUCUUGUCCCUUGUCAUCGAUCUGGGUGGUGGUCCAACCCACGACCGACUUGGAUUCCGCUAUUGGAAGAAUCCCGGAGCUAUGGUGGAAUACAUCGUCAGUGGCGACACCGGACGCUUCCUCGGACUUUUCAACGCCAUUAUCAACGCUGGAUUUGCUUUCGCGGGUAUUGAGAUGAUUGCCGUUGCAGCAGGAGAGACAGAAAACCCUCGACACAACAUUCCAAAGGCAGUGAACCGACUCUUCUGGCGUAUUCUCUUCUUCUACGUCCUUGGAACACUUGCUGUUGGCGUGCUUGUCCCAUACACUGAUGACAGGCUUCUAAACGGCGGUGCUGGUGUUGCCAGCUCACCCUGGGUAAUUGGUAUUAGCCGUGCUGGCAUCAAGGUGCUUCCUCACAUCAUCAAUGCUGUGGUUCUCGUGUCUGCCGCUUCGGCCGGAAACGCGUUGCUAUACAGCGGCAGCCGAUAUCUCCUUGCCCUCGCUGAAGGUGGCCAAGCCCCGAAGUUUUUGCUUAAAUGCACUAAGAGGGGAGUUCCUAUUUACUGCGUUCUCUUUACGGGCGCUCUCGCACCUCUUACCUACAUGGCUGUUAGCUCUGACAGCGCCAAGGUCUUUUCCUGGUUCGCCAACCUCGUCACAACUGCUGCUCUAUUUACUUGGUGCAGUAUUUGCAUUGCCUACAUGGGUUUUGACCGAGCACUUCGUGCUCAAGGCAUUAACCGGAAAGAAGAAUUGGCCUUUGGUGGUCGCUUCCAACCUUACCUCUCGUAUAUCAGUCUUGGGUUUUUCAUCAUCGUCCUGAUCUUCAACGGCUUCAGUACGUUUAUCCACGGCCACUGGGACAGCGAACACUUUGUAGUAUCAUAUAUUGGGGCUCCCCUCUUUUUCGGACUCUUCUUCGGAUGGAAGAUUAUCAAGAAGACCAAAUUCCGCCACGCCAAAGAGAUUGAUCUUGACACUGGACGCCAACUAGAUGAAUCUACAGAGUAUGAGGAGAAGCCAAAAAACCUAGUCGACCGGCUUUGGGCAUGGGCAGCAUGAGAUAUGAUUACGACAACCAUUAUAGUUAUAUAGCCUCGUGCGCGGGAGGGGUUUGUAGAA